UCUACAGAUUUCCCCCCUUUUCUCUCUCUAGAAAUCUUCCGACUCCAUCCACCGAUUUCCUUCAAAUCGGAACGAUUUUCCGUUUGAUUUCUUCUAUGUCAUCUGCAUUCACCCGCGAUUAAUCAACGCCGACGGCGAUUUCAUCCUUUGGAUUUUCACGGCGUGUUUAUCGUCGAACACUAUGUCGAUUGGCGUUCCUUUGGAGUAAAAGUAAAAGUUCGUUUUUUUUUCUUCCGGUUUCAAUCAGUUCGUAUUCUUCCACUUCUUGUUCGGUUCGAUUCCCUUUUUUUUGCAUUGAUUUUGGUUUCUGCUUUGGUGAAUUUAGGUAUUAGUUUUGAACGUUAGGGCGUUUUAUUCGUUGAUUCUUUAUCUGUAUAUCGUUCGCCUUUUCGUUUUUAUUAUCUCACACGGUUUAUAUUUUGUAUUAUAGCUGAUACAAGAAACUCUGAAAUUUUCGGCGCGUUGUUUUAGUUUGCCCCCAAAAUUGAGGGUUUUCUUGUUAGUUGUUUUCUUCUUCCGUUAUUUUUAGGUUCAGGUAAAUCAUAAGAGAAAAAACCAAAAAAAAGGUGAAAAAAAAGAAAAAAAAUAAUAUCAAGGAGUUUCUCAUCUUCUCUAUUUUUGCAAUUUGUCAGUUAGUUUGUCUAGGGUUUCGGUGAAUUCGAUUUUCUAUUCAGAACACAAAAAAACUAUUGCUUCUAGGGAUUAUAUAUAUAAUGGCAUUGAAUUAUUCGCAACGCCCGAUUUUCCCUGCUCAUACGUCGGAAGACAAUUUGGUUUCUCCAUUGAGAAUUGUGAAUGGUGGGUAUGCUGUGGAAGGCAUGUCUGAGAAAGGGGGGGAGGGUUUUGUUAAGCCAAGGAAUGGUCAUGGAGAAUUGCAUGAUCGAUUUGGUCAUGGAAGAGAGAUAGUUGAUAAGAGUGGGUCAGCGGAUUCUGUGCCGAAAGAUAUUAUUGACUUAUUGCCAUCGGAUCCUUUCGGAAUGGAUAUUGAUAUUAGUACUACUUUUACGGCGAUUACGGGAUGGCUUGGAGAUUUGGAAGUGGAUUAUGGGGAAUAUAUGAGGAACAAAAUUGUGAAUCACAAAGAAGAUUAUGGGUUGUUUGCUGGUUUUAAUUUCAUUUGGAAUAGUGCUAUGAGGUUCCAAUCGUUCCCGAGUAAUUUGACGUGUAACGAUAAAGUUGGUGCAACGUGUAUGGUUGAUCUACACAUGAAAACAGGUGAGUUCGGAGAUUUGGGCAACGACGUUGUUAACCCGGCUCAGAAUGCAGAGGAUAUGCGCGGUUUUAAUUGUGCAAGUGCGAGUAUUGAUAUUGUUUCUUGUCGUGAUGGUAUUGGAGGAGAUCCUCACGAGGCUUUCGUUUUAGCGCUUGGUUAUCUUGGAACUAGAGAUCUUCUAGUGGUGGAGCGGGUUUGUAGGUCUUUGUGUUAUGCUACUCGUAACGACUCUCUUUUAUGGAGGAACCUUCUCAUUGAUCAGCCAUUGAAUGAGAGGAUUACUGAUGAUAUUCUUGUUCAAUUAACGAGCAGGGCUGAAGGUAAUCUCCAGUGUCUGAGCUUAAUAAAAUGCCCAAAGAUCACUGAUGAUGGUCUGAGGCGUGUACUAGAAACCAAUCUGAAAUUGACCAAGUUAUCUGUCCCCGGAUGCACGAGGCUCAGUAUCGAGGGUAUUUUGAAUAACCUGAAGGCUUUCAAGUCAAGUACGGAAACUGCUGGUAUUAAACAUAUAAGAACCGGUGGGUUCUACGGCAUAACACUCGAGCACUUUGAACAGUUGAAAUACUUGUUGGGAAUUCAGAAAAAUGAUUCCAGUCCGCAUUAUUAUCAUCGUGGAAACUUGUAUUUGCCGUCUGAUGAUGAUCGUGCUAUAGACGUUGAAGUAUGCCCGAGAUGUGAGAAUUUGAGGCUUGUUUACGACUGUCCAGCUGAAGGUUGUCAAGCGAAAGAUGAAUGUCGGGCCUGCAUAAUCUGCAUACCUCGAUGUGCUGAAUGUGGGCGGUGUGUGCACAAUAGCGAAUACGAAGAAACCUUCUCGUUGGAGUAUCUUUGCUCGGAAUGUUUGAAACAAUUGCCGAGGUGUCAGGAGGUGGUGGCACAGGAGAUGAAGCUGAGUGAUGCUAAUUGUCUUCAUGGCUAAGUGGUAUGUUCUACAUUUGGUUGAUCGAUCUUCUCAGAUAGUUGGAAGGAGAGUAAAGUUGUGUCUGAACGUUUCAAUCGUUAAAGAAAAGAAGCCCCCUGAUGAGUUAUCGUUCUAAAGAUGAGGAAAACGAAGAAAAAAAAGGUAAAAAAACGUAUAAAAGAAAUUGCGUAAAGGGAGGGGCGAGAGGGGGCGAUCCUUAACGGCUGCAGCUGCUUCAGGUCGGGUGUGGAGAAGAAUGGUAAAAUGUUGAAAUGUCGGGAUGAUUUUUUUCGUUGUCUAGCCGAUGGCGGUCAUGUGAUGGAACCUUCUUAGCGGCUAGAGUUAGUUGGUUUGUUAUUUGAAACCGUUCGAGACCGAUAUGGGAUUGGCUUGAGCUUUUCGGUUCUUGCUGGUUCGAGAUUGUGCUCGCCUGGUUAACUAUGCAUUGUGGACUCGUUUCUCUUUCUAUAUUCGAUGGUUUUAGACCCAUUUCGUUUUUGAAA